UCAAACUCCUGCACCAGGCUCGUGUCCGUUCAGUCUUUCUGUCCACCUGUACCUGCACAGCAGCUUCACAAAGCACAGCUCACAAUGUCAGACCGAGGAGCUUUCGAUACCAAUGUAAUCACCCUGACCAGGUUCGUCCUGGAGGAAGGACGGAAAGCCAAAGGGACCGGAGAGAUGACCACGCUCCUCAACUCCAUGUGCACAGCCAUUAAAGCCAUUUCUUCGGCAGUCAGGAAAGCAGGAAUCGCUAACCUGUAUGGGAUUGCAGGAAGCACUAAUGUAACAGGAGACCAGGUAAAGAAGCUGGAUGUGUUGUCCAACGAUCUGGUCAUGAACAUGAUCAAGGCUUCAUUCACGUCAUGCGUGCUGGUCAGUGAGGAGGACGAAAAAGCCAUCAUCAUUGAGCCUGAACAAAGAGGCAAAUAUGUGGUUUGUUUUGAUCCACUGGACGGAUCCUCCAACAUCGACUGUCUGGCUUCCAUUGGAACUAUUUUUGCCAUUUACAGAAAGGACAAUGACAGUGAACCAACUGAGAAGGACGCCCUGCUGCCAGGCAGAAAGAUCGUUGCCGCGGGUUAUGCCCUCUACGGUAGUGCCACCAUGCUGGUUCUAUCUACAGGUCAAGGGGUCAACUGCUUCAUGCUGGAUCCUGCCAUAGGCGAGUUUAUUUUGGUGGACCGUGACGUGAAGAUUAAAAAGAAAGGGAAGAUUUACAGUCUCAAUGAAGGAUACGCUCAGUACUUUUACCCAGACGUGACGGAAUAUCUACAGAAGAAGAAAUUCCCACAGGAUGGCAGUGCGCCGUACGGAGGGCGCUACGUGGGCUCCAUGGUGGCUGAUGUGCACAGGACGCUGGUCUACGGUGGAAUCUUCCUGUACCCUGCAAACGUAAAGAGUCCAAAGGGCAAGCUGAGGCUGCUAUAUGAGUGCAACCCCAUGGCCUUCAUCAUGGAGCAGGCUGGAGGAAUGGCGACCACAGGACCCAUGAAUGUGCUGGACAUCCAGCCUGAGACUAUCCACCAGAGAGCUCCAGUAGUGCUGGGUUCCCCUGAUGAUGUCAAGGAGUACAUCGCCAUUUAUAAGAAACACGCCAAGUGAGACACAAGAUGAUCUGUUAUCAGCAUGGCCACUGAAUAGCAGAAAACCAGGAUGAUGUCUGAUAACUUCUACACGUCAUUUAUACAAUAUUGAAAAAUUCUGCCAAUUGUCUGGUAAAUGUUUUAUACACUAUUUGGACAAACGUUUGGACACCUGGCCAUAAGAUUCUUUUUUUUAAACAUUCCAUUUGGAAUUUAGUCCCUCUAUGCUCUUAUUAUAGGCUCCACUCUCCUGAGAAGAUGUUCCACUAGAUUUUGUGGAGAUUCAUUCAGCCACAAGGGUGUUAGUAAAGUCAGGUAAUGAUAUAGCUGAGGUGAAGUUUCAAUUCAUCCCAAAGGGGUUCAGUAGGGUUGAGGUUAGAGCUCUAUACCAGAAGAUCUUUCACUCCAACCCAGAAAAAACAUAUCUUCAUGGAGUUCACUUUAUGCACUGUCAUGCUAGUAAAGGUUUGAGUCUCCUAGUUCAAGUGAUAAGAAAAUGUCAUGCUACUGGUUUUAAAGACAUCCAAUGCAAUUGUGCACCUCGAACUUUGUGGAAAUAGUUUUGGGAAAAGUCAGGUGUCCAAAUACUUUUGCCCUUAUAGUGUAUUUUCCUAAAUAAGCUCGUUUACUUUUUACAUUAUUUCCCACAUUGCAUUUACAUGUGUUUCAUUACAGUGGAAGUAUUAAGAUUUUUUAUAAAAUUAAGAAAUAAAGGUGAAUAAAUAUUUAAAAAACA